UAGGGGAAGGCCCGUCCUCGCGUAUCAAGCCUAUCACGCCCAGCCUGAGUGUAAAGCCCACCUCCGGACCAAUUACCAUUCGAGAUAUGGAUAUAUCAUAGAGUCUUAUCAUGUGUUUGAAGUCCGAUUCCUAUUUCAAAUACAUAGUGGCAAUGUCUUCAACAUAUUAAGUUAAAUCAAAGUGAAGACUUCCCAAUCGGUUUAAAACUAGAUUGCACGGUGCGCUCUGCAGACGAGCUUCAUAACUUGUAGUCUAUAGAGAGUUGUGUUGGAGUCUUAUUUUAAAUGUUAAAGCAUACGGACGCUAAACCUAUGACACCUCUAGUGAGUUCGAACCGGUGCUGCAGAUGGGCGGCAUAGGCAGGAAUCUGUAUCUCAAUAUGUUGAAUGGAACAGACGCGCAAAGUUUCGCCAAAGACGCAGAACUGAACAGCCACCUGCACCGAAACCGCGACUUACCGGACUUUAAAAUGGGCAUCCAAGACACGAGGUUUUACUACCAAGACUCGAUUCCAAAUGGACAGGACAGUUUGACGUUGCCGUUCCACGCUGAACACCACCAAAGCGCCGGAGCGCAGACGGGGAGGUUUUACGCGCCGGCUCCGCUCGGCAGCUGUCACUUCACCAGCCGGAGCGGGACGGGACAUACUUACGUUCCGGCCGGAGCCGACGCGUAUUCAGCCAACGGUAAAGACGUGUACCCGAGCAGCGCGGACGGCUACCCGGCGUCUUUUCAGCACGGGUAUCCGCGAGCACCGAUGUACUCUUUACCUGGUCUACAGGUGUCUGGGAAGACUCAAGUGCUCCUCAACAACUACCCGCUGUGGGCAAAGUUCCACAAGUACCAGACAGAGAUGAUCAUAACGAAACAAGGACGGAGGAUGUUUCCUUUCCUCAGCUUUAACAUCACCUCACUAGACCCCUCGGCUCAUUAUAACAUAUACGUAGACGUGGUUCUUGCAGACCAGCAUCACUGGAGGUACCAAGGAGGCAAAUGGGUCCAGUGCGGCAAAGCAGAAGGCAACAUGCCAGGAAACAGAAUGUAUAUGCACCCAGACUCUCCCAACACUGGGAAUCAUUGGAUGAGACAGGAAGUUUCCUUUGGCAAACUGAAACUUACCAAUAACAAAGGCAGCUCUAACAAUGUAGCACAGAUGAUAGUGCUGCAGUCCCUCCAUAAAUACCAACCACGUCUUCACAUUGUGGAGGUGAAGGAGGAUGGAACGGAGGACGCCUUUCUGACCUCGAAAACUCAGAUGUUUGUCUUUCCUGAGACUCAGUUCAUUGCCGUCACUGCCUACCAGAAUGCAGAUAUCACUCAGCUGAAAAUAGACCAUAACCCUUUUGCUAAAGGUUUCCGGGACAAUUAUGACACGCUGUAUGCACCUCCUGACUCAGACCGCCUUACGCCUUCCCCAACCGAGAGCCAGCAGUUCCUCCCAGGCAGUUGUUACCCUCACCAGCCAUACCUGUCUGAUCAGUACAUGAGCCCCUUGCCCCAGAGUCGUUUCUACAGCCGCGAGCCGGUCAGCAUGAGCCCGCAGUGCCCCAAAGACCCUACCGCCAGCCCUCACAGCCGCUUUUACCUGCCCAGCCAGCAGGGGGUGCCUCCGAACCGCCUCGACUUCAACACGUACGAGAGCGAAUACACUUCCAACAGCCUCUACAAGCCGUUUCCGAUUCAAACUUCCCCGCACCACCCUCUGGGCUACUAUUCUGAAAGCCCCUUCGCUUCCGGGCCGGUCUCUGGCGCCAACGCAGGAGCGUGGAGCUCGGGACGACCCUCACCGCAGUACCUUAAUCACCCGCACCACAGUAAACCCGGGUCUAGUCUCGGCUGGUUCCGAACCAUCUCGACCCCAGCCACGUCUUCGUCUCCCUCAGCAGUGAACUCGCGCUUCCAUUCCCCCCCGUCGCUCCUGGAUCCCCAGCGUCAGCCGCUGCUCCAGGACAAGUCCAAAGAAUCCGGGGAGGACACCUGGAUGGAAGCCCCCUCGGUUAAAUCGGUGGACUCAGCUGACUCAGGUUUGUUCGAGGGAGGAGAGAGCAAGAAGAGGCGCGUGUCACCUUACACGUCCAGCACAGAAAAUUCCCCUCCCAACCGCAGCGCAGAGGCUUGCGAAAAGGACAAUUGCAGUGACGCGGGCUACUACGGCUUCUACACCCACUGAAGACCAGCACUCAGACUUUGCUCCUGCUGUCUUCCACCCACCGUCUGUCUGCAUGACCCGAGACGCAGGGAUCGAGUUCUCUGUGAUAGUAGCUACAGUGCCAGGUGUUUGGAGGCCCCUCUGUGCUUUGUGUUCCCUGUGUUAGAUGUUUGGGGGGUCAUGUGGAUGUGUUCUGAAGGUCAAUGUCACACAAAAGACGAAGACGAUGUGACUGCGCUGAGACACUGGCCUGGAGACACGCAGACAGACAGACCUGUGUGACUUUAGCAGCUGAAGAUUUCACAGCACACCUGCUGACACUCCCCCAAAGGAACUGUCUCUGUCCCCCUCGUCAGCCACAGACAUGAAAACACCUCGCAAAAACCCACGCACCACACGCACGCUCAAACAAACAAAUCACAUUCACGUCCAUCUUAAAAAGAACGUGGAAAAUGAAAAGUCAUUUACUUUGCCUCAUGUCAUGUCAACCCUGUUUUACAAAGAAGGCAGUUUUAAGAAAUUACAAAAAGGUGCUUUUAAGCUUGAGAAUCACUAUAAAAUGAAUUCAUGCAGCUUGUGUGCUGCACGUCAAGUCAUCUAAAGCUGAUUUGGACAUGGCUUGUUCUGUUGUGAACACGGCAAAAGAAAAGUCUUACUUAUCUGAUGCUUUUGUACAUUUCAAUUUUAACUCAGUAAUUGCUGGUAAAUCUCGCAAAUGAUUACAAUGAAGCAAUAAAGUGACGGAUUGUACUAAACGUGAAAUUUUCUUGUAGAAAGACUGUAGUUAAAGCUGUAAUCGUAACUUCAAAAACACCCAGAGUGUUGCACAUAAAUACUUUAAUUCUGCUUUAAAUGACAUGACUCGCUCAAGAUGUGAUGCUGUGGACCUGUAAGCAUGUACUGACAUUAUAUCAUCUUCUGAUUGGUUGCUCUAGUUGUUAUUUGAUGGAUGAUCUCAUUGAAAAUAACAUUGAAAAUCUACACAUUAAGCAGAAGAUUCAUAUUGAAAGAGAGUAAUGUUGCACGCACAUGUGUGCUGCAUAACAAUUUAGCACAGUACAGAUUUAAUACAUCAUGCAUUUGAGUGUAAGCCUUCAUUGCAACAUUUCUGUGUCCAGUCAAUCCUAAAAUGCACCCCUACAGGGAGCACAAUCAAUAAGCACAUUAAAGCCCAGGCCACUCAGACGACACAUGCUAGAAAUAAAAUAGCCAUGAUGUCUAUUAGACCAUGGCUUGCAUGCACCAGCUGGAAUUCCAUCCUAUAAUAGACAGACAUAAUAAAGCUUGAUAGAAUGCAUGGAUGCAUUAUAUAUUUAGUUAUAUUAAAUACUAAUUUAAAGUUUUGGGAUUUUUGGGAAAUGUAGUUCUUUGCAGCGUCAGUUUUUGAAAAGAAAAAAAAAUGCACUUCACUAAAUGUUAAAUUUGCAAAAAUGCAAAACAGAAACCAUGUAGUAAUUAUUUCCUGAUAGCUCUAAAAUGUUCUAAAACAAAAAAACAUGUAUUCCAGCAACUUAUGUUAUGGCGAUUGUUUGAGACAGGGGCCUUGUAAUUCUCAGGUUUCAUUUAGCUUAAGUCCACGAGUUAGGAUAAAUGCACUAGUGUCAAUCUGAUGACUUGUAACAGGACAUACUUAAACCAACAGCAUCAUGUCUUAAGGCGUCGCACAUGACUGUAUGCAGAUAGACAGGGUGGAAAAAUGGACACCUGGCAGGGGCUUCAGACUGACUAUACAUCAUCUUUAUUCAAACAACAGAGUAAAAUGCAGACAGCCCACGCACAGACGUCAGUGACACAGAGGAAGAAUGAGCCUUCAGUCUAAGCCUAUCAGGCACCGCUGGCAUUCAAAGGUGAGAAUGACCUCAGACAGAUAAGUGGGUGACAAGAUGCCACUGCAGAGGACAGUGCACAGACUUCUUGGACGCCCCGGAAGCCUGUGAACUCAGAACGAUCCAUUUAUAGAAGCUUUCUGCAUCUUCCUGAUCAUAAAUAUGCACGCAGACACUUGCAUAUGGUCUGUGUCCUAAUAUGAAACUAUUGUAAAAUAGAACAAUUAAAAGUGAUGACUCUUUGUUAAAAUGCAUUGUCACCUGUGUUUAUAGACGUUUCCGAGAAAUUGUAAAUUGCUGCAAAAACCAACAUAGUAUCAAUAUUCUGUGGCCACUCUGUGAUCACAGUUUUUUUUUUUUGUUGUUUUUUUUUUUUAAGUCAGCAAACUGACUCUAACUGCCUAUGUUUAUUUUUCACACAUGUGUUUUAAAGCAAAAGCAAACUAAGAAAAAAAAAAGAGUAAUAUGGUUAAGACUACAUUAUUUUAAAACAACAUUACUGGAUCAGAAAGCCAUUGCCAGAUAUCAUGCUUAGUUAUUUAUCAUAUACCAUGCAAUUUAGAUGCUGGGAAAUUUUUAAUAGUUUACAAAUGCAAUUGAUAUAAUGAGUUUUUUAAGGUUAGUUAUUGAGAAUUUGACAAUGACAAACAAAAAGCAAAUGGCUGCAAGUCAUACUAUUUAAAUGACAAUCAAUGUUAAAGAACAAAUUUGUAUUUUAAAGUGCAAUUAAAGUGUUUCUAUGUUAAUUUAAAAGAUGGCUAAUGUUCAUGUUUGGUUUUUAUACACUGAAACGCACUGAAAAGUUUGUUACUGUCCAUGUGCACUGAAAAUAAUUGUCUGUUGUUGUCAUAUUACCAGUCAAUCCAUGUUUUGGCUGACCCCUGGUGGACAUUAUGCUCCUAAGAGUGUCAAUAGCAGGAAACUAUUUAGGUUAUUCUCUCUGACGCCAUCCUUGUCUAUCCGUUGAGUUAAAAGCAACAAUUUAAGUAAUGUUACUAAUAAUAAAAGAGGUGCUUCUGUAGUAAGGUUCCUCGGCCAAGCAAACUGAGCCUCAGACACAGCUGUCAAAAUACUGUAUAUGAUAUUAAAUGAUGUUUUUGAUUCAUUCUAAAUGUAAUAAAAACUGAACUAUA